CACAACAUGUCUUAAUCAAUUCUAUUUGUAUUUAUUCUUGUGUCCGUGUUUCUACACGGACUUUUUACGUAACGGACUGUAGGUUCAUCCAAUGCCCGUCAAAUCGCCCUUUGCUAAUAGCUACCUAGCUAUCUAACUAAUCAUUCCGACACAAACACACAUAUAUGUCAACUUAAAUAAUUUAUCUAUAUUGGAAAAUGACAUCUAGAGGUACCCAGAGUAGAUUCUUACAAAGCGUUUUGCAAAACGGGGUAGGUCGCUAUGUCUGUCAACUGAAGCGCAUCUCCCUUGUAUUCUCUAAGAAAGGGCAGAGCUCGCUGGGCGUCAGGGAAUUCAUAGAAGAAGGAGUGGUGGAUUUUGCUAAAAAGAACCCUGGAACUGUAGUCUACGUAUCUCCCCAGCAAUGCAACGUUCCCAAGAUUGUGGCAGAAUAUUUAAAUGGCAACGUGAAGGAGGAAGCCAUUCCGUGCAAGACGUCUCAGCAGAUUGCAGAGCUGAUAACCAAACUGACGAACCAGUCCGGCCUGGAUAUCAUUCGUAUCCGCAAGCCUUUCCAUACAGACAGUCCCAGCAUCCAGGGCCAAUGGCAUCCCUUCACGAACCGGCCACGAUCCAUUGAACCAGUUGGACCCCACAAACAGCCGGGUAACUGAAGACUGUGAAACCUCAUAACAUGGACAAUACGUCUGCCCUGAUUAGGGGCAGCAAGAACACAAGUCAACUCCACUCUUUCCAAAACUCUAUGUGGGCCCUUUUGUUUUCCUAUACAACCAAUUCACUAGACCCUUACAUUGUAGCAUAUCUGCAAUUCUGAUCAGAACAGAUUGUGUGUUCGGAGCUUGUUAGCGCUUGGGGACAGAGCAGGUGCUGUGUGUCCAGACUGUUCAAUGCAGCGGUGUCUUUUGAAUAAAAUAAACCUGUCUUGGAUUGAAAAGA